CAUGAAGUUCCUGAUCAUCGCCUGUGUGGCCGCUGUGGCCAUCGCCGCCCCUCAGUACAGCUACGAUGGGCCAAGAGCUGCCUCGAGCGAGGAGGUGGCUAUUCUGAGGGACGACCGCGUCCAUGAAGAGGACGGAAGGUACAACUUCGACGUGGAAACUGCCAACGGCAUUGUCCUGUCUCAGUCUGGCUCUCCUGACGGCGAUGAGGGCGCUGUCGUUAAGGCUGGAGAAUACUCAUACACUGCCCCUGACGGUACUGACGUCCACGUCAGAUUUAUCGCUGACGAGAACGGCUACCAGCCUCAGUCCGACCUCCUGCCCGUGGCCCCCGAGUUCCCCCACCCGAUCCCUCAGUUCGUCCUCGACCAGAUCGCCUUCGCCGCCGAGGAGGACGCCCGCAGAGCUCGCGAAGGUCCACGUGAAGCUCCUCGCUCGCUGUAUUCCGCACCCAACUAAUGAAAUUCAUCACAUCAGUUCAUUAUUGUGAUUUAUAUGAUCAGUGUUCAUCAGAAUCGCAUAUAUUCAUGUAAUUUAUAUAAAACUACGAUUAAAAGUAAA